AUGAUGCUAACAUCUUCAUAUCUGGAUCCACGACCAUCAUCCUCAUCAUCAUCUGUAUCUACGUCAUCGAUGUCCUCAUCCCCAUCCACGUCAUCUGAACAGUGCACCGUGUGUGGCGACUCGGUUAAUGGGAAACGGUACGGUGCGCCCGCUUGCCUCGGAUGCAUCGUCUUUUUUCGGAGAGCGGUUAUCAACAAAAGUCAAUAUAAAUGCUGGAAGAAGGGGAAUUGUGUGAUCACUUUUGGUACGUGUAUUAUGAUUCCUUGA